AUGGUCUCACAGAAGUUGCAAGAGAGUUUAGAUAGCAAAAUAAUUCCACGGCAGUGCGUGUGUUACGGCUUGGGCACCUUUUCCUCGUGUGUGUCUGCACGUCACCAGCCGGGCCAUGAUGCUCCUGCUCCUGGAUGCUGAAAGAUUCCACUCAAAGACUGUUUUGCUUUUGACCCUGCCUUCUCCUCUGGAGAUAAGGAUGUCCUGAGAGAGUUGGGCCUGAGUGUUCUCACAGAAAAUGGGGAGAGGAAGCAACUGGCAUCUACACCCUUUUACCUCAUGCAUUGUGGGAAAGCCCUGCACAACAGCCUAUUGUGGAGGAACUGGAGUCCACAGUGUAUGCUCCUCAUGAUGAUAAUUUGAAACAGCUUUAGGAGCAUGACAGAGAGGGUGAUCGAGAGAGAAUUCAAGGACUACACUUACAUCAGCCUCAGCCAAGCAGUGACCGUGUGCAAGGCGAGACAGCUGACCUGUCCAUCUCAUCUUAUUGACGUCUAUUGA